UGUCCCUGCCCAUGGCAGGGGGUGGAACAAGAUGGGUUUUAAGGUCUCUUCCCAUCCAAACCAUUCUGUGAGGGUGGGAUGAGCAUCCAGACAGCACCGGGGAUGCUGGACCUGAGGCAGAGACAGCAGCAGCUCCCUUCCCAGGAUACUGACGUCAGGGCACUGUUGGAGCAGCGAUAGGAACAGCUCUGGAAAGCCAGGAGAGCAGCUAAUUCAAUGGAGAGAUAGACUGGAAUAGAAAGUCUCCUGCUUUAAUCUGAUUGCUGGGCUGAUGGGUAGCACUGCAAGGGAUCUGUGAAAAACUUCCAGGCACAGAGGUGAUGUAGGAGCUUAAAUCCUGCCCGCUUCCAGGAUUGAGGUGCCUGAGGGGAGCCACAGAGGCUGUGAACAGCCACAGAGGUUUAGACACUAUGGGUAGAGGUGACCAGCCCUGUGUGUGUUCUGUGCCCACCAUGGGUGCGGUGUGGUUUUCCUGCCCCAAGGCCAUCACAGGUGUUCUCAGGUGAAGUCUUGGCUGGCUGAUGUGUUUGUGACAAGGAUGGGAGCUCAGCUGCAUUAUCAGGUGAGGAAAAAACCCCACAGGGCACAAGCAGAGAGCGAAACCUUUGUGUGGGAGGGCAGAGGCCAGUGCUGGUACCACCAGUCACAGGCUUGGAAGUGCUUGGGUGGGAGGAUGGCUCUUGGAAUGCUGGUGAGGACGUUUUGGAUGCAGUGUUUUCCACAUCCUCAACAGCUGCUCACUAGGAUGGAAUUAAAGCUGGAAUCAGGGGAUGCCUUCCCCCAGGAGCACACAGAGCAGCAGCCCCAUGCUGGAGCUGGGCACGGCAGGGAAUGACAGGCUUGCCCCUGCCUGCCUGUGGCAGCUCCCAUGGGCCUGGGAUCGGCGGCUCCUGAGUGUCCCAGAACCCCAGCAAACUGUGGGAGCCAAGACUUUACCCUGCCCAGACCCAUGUGGGGCCUGGGAUGUGUCCAGAGGGGCUGGGACACCCCUCCAGGAGUCUCCACAGCCAUGCUGGAGCUCAGGCAGGGAUCGGGGAAGUUUCUCUGCAGAUUCCUCCUCGCCGGGUUUGCGUGCGUGCCUUUUCCUGCUGCAGCCACUCUGUUUUCUGGGAGUGCUGCUUUAUCCUGGCCCUUGACCCUGCAAACUGGGCGUGUGCUCAAGCUAAACAAGCAAACAUGAAGCUUUUGAGCUCAAGAGGGCUGAGCUGAAGGUUGUGGGGGGGUGUGUGGAUAUAGCACCACUGACAGCACAGCCCAGGGCCACCUCGAGCCCAACCCAGCAUCAAGAAGCUGGGGAGGGAAGGAGAGAUCCCUGACAUGGCACAUCCAUAAAUCUGCAAGGCUCACUGGGGUGGAGAUGGGGCAGUUCAGCUGUGAGGAUGCAGGCUGGCCACCCGUGGGUCACGGGACCUGAGGUCAGGGAGGCGAGUUGGUAGGAGAUGUGGCUCCGUGUGCUUAUUUUUGGAAAUCAAGCACGUCUGGUCCCGGUGACUUGGAAAACAUUCAGAGGAAGCGGUAGAGGAGGAGCUCCCACCCGUGGCCUGGCUGGUCGGGAAUGUUGGUGCUCAGACAUCCCUGAGGGAUCCAGCCAGGGCACUCAACACUAGCGUGUGUUGCUCCAGGGAGGGCGAGAGCCGGCCUGAAGUGAGCCAGGGGCCCUACCGAGGGUUCCCCAUCCCAGCAGCCCUUGCCAGCAGCAGCCAGGGGAAGCCACAGGGUCGAGUUGGCUGGGAGAGAGGCAGUUUUGGUUUCUGUUCUCCGGGCAGGAGGGCGUUCCAGGGCAGGCAGCCAGCGCCGUGAGGAGCCCUUCUCCCUCCCAAACAGGGGGAGAGGAGAAACUGUUCAGCUAGAGAGGUGUUUCUGAGCAUUUCCAGGUUGGUUUGCAUUGACAACAGCUCUUGAAAUAGAUUUUGAUGGCCUUCUUUUGGUGCUGUGAAGCUAUCACACUCCUAAGGACAGGAAAUCUAAGCCCUUAGCAAACAUCAGCGAUUUGAUUGUUUUCAAAGGUUGGUGGAUAUUACAGCUGAGAAAGUAGCAAGGGGUGGGAAUGGGAAUGGGCAGGAAGGAUCCAGCUGCCCUGCUCUAUCCUGAUGUGCACUCCUCAGGCACGGCAGCGUGAGAUUCCAGCGUUAGUUGGAUGAAUCGGUGUCGUGGUGGCUGCAGAGCCUUUGCUGUUUGCCAUGCACUCACCGCAGCUUCCCUUCUGCCCCCAGAGCUCGCUGCCUGCCCGGGGAGGGGGCCGCACGCAUGCCAGCAGGGCUGCAGCCCCCCUGCCCUGAGCCAUGCGGUGACGUGGGCACAGCCCGGCCCUCCAGCAGCCAUGGCCCAGUCCCGGGCCAAUGGGUCCCACUACGCCCUGACAGCCAUCGGGCUGGGCAUGCUCGUCCUCGGCAUCAUCAUGGCUGUGUGGAACCUCGUGCCCGGCUUCGGGCCCCCCGACAAGCCUGGCAGCCACGCCGGGAACAGCAGCAAGCCCGACCGCGGCUCCGGGGGCAUCCUGAAGAGCAAGACCUUCUCGGUGGCCUACGUGCUGGUGGGGGCAGGUCUGCUGCUGCUCCUGCUCUCCAUCUGCCUCAACAUCCGUGACAAGAAGAGGCAGAGCGAAGACUUGGCCAUCACUCACGUGCAGCGCCAGGUGUCUGCGGAGCCCUCGCAGCAGGAGGACAGUCAAGAAGAGGAUGAAGACGUCUCUUCCCAGUACUACGUGCCCAGCUACGAGGAGGUGAUGAACACGGGCUACUCUGAGCCCAGAGACUCAGACAGGAGCAACAGGCUCAGCAUCUCCCUGCCCUCCUAUGAGUCCUUGGCGGGGCUGGAUGACAGCAGCCAGGCCCCGGGAGCCGCGGGCACAGAGCCCAGCCCGGAGAGGCAGCCCAGCCGGCACAGCUCCCGCCUCAGCAAGCGCCUGAAGCCCCUCAAGGUCCGCAGGAUCAAAUCAGAGAAGCUGCACCUGAAGGACAUCAGGCUAAAUCUGGCACAGGGCAACAGCAGUGUCCCUAUCACAAUAGAGCCCCUCACCCCUCCGCCCAAGUACGAGGAGAUCCAGGAGAAAAUGCCAGCGAGCCAGCAAAUGCCUUAAAAAAAAAAAAAGAGGAAUCUGUGAUGCUGCUUGGUUGAGGGUUUUUUAAAACCCACCAUGCCAAGAGGGGCUUGGUGUGUGGGUGCAGAAGCAGCCAGGGCUCCGUGGAAGCUGCCACGUGGAGGACGUGCUGUGGCACAAGGAUGGGACAUGUUUUCCCUGGGACUGGGUUUUACAAAAGGCUGUGGGGAAAGAAACCUGAUCACCACAAGUUCUGCUGCUGUGAAGUAAAUGAAGGCUGGAUGUGCCAAAGGUGUCACUUGUGGUGUUUGAUAUGAGACCACCCAGUGCAUCCUCUCACCUCCUCUCCCCCUCGCUUCCAGAAAGACUUUUCCAAGCCAUCAGACUGAUACUGCAGAAGGAUUUUCCAAGUGGAAAAGUGAAAUGUUUCUUUUUUUGGGUGUCUUUUCUUUCUGAGGAAGGGGAAGCAUGUUGCCAGAGCAGCACCACGGCUUUCCCUGGCUCCCAACUGGGCUGGGCUGGUGGCCCAGAGCCAGCCCCGACUCCUGCCAAGGUCUGGUGGGAAGCAGCUGAAAGGGGCCUCCUGCUCCUCAGGGAGAGGAUGGAUUUCUUGCCUUGGUUGCUUUCCCUGUUGUGCUCCAUUCGAGGCAAGUGGGUGGCUCCAGGGGGUUGGGAGCUGCGUGCGCCGGUGCCGGGGGUGAAGGCACUGCUGAGCGUCCUGUGCAGGCAGACUGGUCCGAAUAAAUGUUUUGUACGCUGUG